ACUGUAGAUAGGAAAAAAAAAACAUUACGAAGUAGACUAGAUGUACUUAGAUCCUAGCUAGAUCAUUAGAUGAGAUUCUAAAUCUAGACCAGACUAGUUAAGAUCUAGAUCGCGAUUAGUUUUAUUAUUAGAUCUGUUAUGGUAUAGAAUUGUGAUGUUUUUAUGGAGAUCAAGAUUAAUGGUUUUAUAAACAUGGAUACAAGAUAAAACUAGUCAAAUAUCUGCACAAUGUGUGCUGCAGUGAAUACUUCACCGUCUACCUUUCGAAGUCAACAAGUCUCUUCAUCGUCUAGAACAACUAGCAGGGAUAAAUCAUAUGAUUAUUUACUAAAGUUUCUCCUUGUUGGUGACAGUGAUGUUGGCAAAGAGGAACUUCUCUCUGGAAUGGAUGAUGGUGCUUCUGAGUCGCCCUAUGGAUAUGCAAGCAGUGGGAUUGACUACAAAACAACAACAAUUUUAUUGGAUGGGAAGCGAGUCAAGUUACAGCUAUGGGUCACCUCAGGUCAAGGAAGAUUCUGCACUAUUCUCAGAUCAUAUUCAAGAGGAGCUCAGGGCAUACUGUUGAUUUAUGACAUCACAAACAAGUGGUCCUUUGAUGGUAUCGAUAGAUGGAUCAAAGAAAUUGAUGAACAUGCUCCUGGAGUGCCAAAGAUCUUGGUAGGCAACAGGCUGCACUUGGCCUUCAAACGUCAGAUAAGUGAGGCUUGUGCUGAACAGUAUGCAGAAAAAAACAACAUGGCUUUUUUUGAAGUUAGUCCUCUUUGUGAUUUCAAUGUAACAGAAUCUUUUGCUGAACUUUCUCGUCUGGCUUUAAAAAGGAAUGGUAUGAGCCGAGCGUUUGGCUUUAAUAAAGUUUUAAGUCUGCAGGAACUUGCCUGCAGAACAGUGGUCUCAUGCACUACCAUUUAUGGCAUAGAACAGCUUCCACUGCCCAACAGUAUCAAGUCUCAUCUCAAGUCUUAUGCCCUGACCAACAAGACAAGAGCCAGAAUGUUGAGCUUUGUACAUAGAGACCGACAUAAAAAACAAAAGUACCUGAAUCCUUGUGAGUCCCCACCAAUGAAUUGCAGGAAAAGUUGUUCCAUCAGCUGAGUGGCUCAGACUUCUGCAGCUGCUCUUUGGGCUCCAUGGGGCUGGGAUCUUCUGUAUUGAUUCAUCACAACAAAUUGUUGUCAAUUUUGUACUGUUGUUUAUAGGGCAACACUUUAAACUUUAACAAAUAAGUAUUAACUAUAUUUGAUGGGAAAUGUUCUAGUGAGCUAUUGUUCUUGCUUUGAAGUCAAAACACCUGCAUCUUUCCAUCUUUCCUCUCUUAUACUGAGAAAAACAUUUGCCUAUGUUUUCAUGCAUGAAAGUUAGUCAGAAGUGUCAGGAAUUUGCCAAAUCUAUGAAAAAUCUCUUUGCUCAAAAUAAUGACAUUUAUAAUCAUGAUGUGUUAAGAAGUUGUGAGUCAUUUAUUUUCCAUUAUCCACCAAGUGAUUGAUUGUCAGAAUAAUAAUGCUCUGAAAAGUUGUAACUCAAAAACAAUUAUUCAAUUAUUUGCAUUUAAUUUGACAGAUAUUACAAGCAUCAACAGUUUAUUGUGUAUAACAAUUUUGUUUGACCUACUAACCUGUAACUAAAUACAAAUUUAACUUAUAUUAACAUAACCUUUUGUAUAUUGGUUGAUAGAUAUUGGUACAGUUAACAUUUAGCAAGAUUAAAUUUUUUUUUACCAAAACAGAAUAUUACAGCAUAAUGUAUUCACAAUUGUAUACCAGUACAUUGCGAAUAUCCAGUUGUAUACACUUAGCUCUAUUUAUUUCUGAUGUCUCAGUUGUGUAAUUAAUAAUCUUUGUUUUGUUUUUGAAGCUUUUUUUUUUUUUGCUAAAGGUUCAUUGUCUGAUUAAAACAGUGAAGUGUUAAAUCAUAAAAUACUACAAAGAUGACAAUAGGAUGAGUUAUGAAUGUGGCUCAUUGCCCAAUAGUUAAAAACUCCUUUGUACAUUUUCUCCCUUUUAAUGUACAAAUCGUUCUUAAAAUUCUGAUGUCAAUUGUCUGUGCCACAUAAAUGUGACAGUAUCUUUGAACUAAGCUCACAUUUCAGCAUGAGACCUACUUAUUAUUGUGAGAAUCUGGUAGUAUUAUCUUCAUGCAAUGGUUCUGGUUGUUAUAGUAGGUUAGUCUUAGGUUUUGGUUAGUAAGACUAAGGAAAAAAAGAUUCUCUUAUUUAUUGUAAACAUAUUUCAUUUAUUACUAUGCUUAAUGAACUUUGGAACUAUUUCUAGAUUGUCAUUAAUGUUGGCAUUGCUGACUUAGCCAGUUUGUGAAAACUUUCUCUCUGUGAAGAUCUACAUUUUUGUUUUUUAUACACAAGCUUGAGGACCUGUGGUGACUCAGUUGCUUCCCUUGACAAGUGUGACACAAAGUAUUAUGCUGUAUUAUAGUCAUGUAUAUAUGUAUAUAGAAGAGAUUGAACUCUUUGUCAAAUGUGUGAAUUAACUUAAGAUUUAAUUUACCCCCCCCCCCCCCCCCCCUCUUUUUCAAUCCUGUGUAACUUGUCUGUGAAUUCUAAAACAACAAAAAAUCAAACUCCUGCAUACUGUCUCAUUUGUUUUUGUUGGUGUCUUUUCACUUCCUGCAAUCUUCUAUCUAUUGUGAGUAUCUCUAUUGCUAAUGUUUCUCUGCUCUGCUAGUUCAAGAGGGUUGAAUCUGUUCAUUCUAGUGAAGGUUCAAAGUGUUCACCAAACUUCUAUCUGAAUAAUAGUCAUUUGAUUUGUUUUUUUAUUGCAACAUUAGUUCUAGUUCAGAUGUAUAUAGGUCAUUACUAUAGAUCAGUGUGAUGUACUUUUAAACAAGAAAUUAGGUUGACUUUAUUUGUACAGGUUUGCAAAUAAAAUGCUUUGUAUGAAGUUGUUGAAUUUCAACAAGGACCUGUAUUUCUUGUUGUCAAUAGUGAUCUGUAGUUGCAACCACUUCAUCCAGCUUUAGUUAUUGCGUUUCUGAUGGUCGUUGCAACCAGUCAUGUUGAAUAUUCACAGAUAUUUGAGAUAGUUCAGUUGAAAUGUUUUGUCAUUUUAUAAUGCUCACUUCUUAGACAACAAAACAUUCAUUUAUGAAACAAAUGGCUGUCUUGCUAAUCUUAUAUAUUUAUAUACAUAGUAACUCUGUUGUUUCUAUUCCAAACUUUGUUUUUAUCAUACAUCUUAACAUUUAGAAAGCCACUAUUGUGUAUCUUAUUAGAGGCGCUAACAUUUUUUGGGACUACACCAAACCAAAGCUUUAAACUUUUAAAUGUCUUCGCUGGUUUUAUUAUACUGUAUACACUGCCUCCCCCCUCUUAUUUUUAUUUCAUGUACAUAAGUCAGCUGCAUGGCCAUUAGUUUAUGUCAUAAUUUAUUUUCACUAGAACUUUAUUUCAAUACUUGAUAUUGUGUGCUUGUGUGUGAUGUUAUGUGUUGUUUUAUAGUACAAUCUAGGAUUCUUUUAUAUGACCAUAGAGUUGAACUCCUUGUUAUCUCACCUUAGAAAUACUUAGUCUAGGUAAUGUAACCAAGCUUUUUUUGACCACAGCAGACUAAAUUUAAUCUAUUAAAUGCAUCUAUAAUUUCAAGAGUCUCUGUAUAGAAACUACAAUGUAUAGUGUUGAUUGUAUAUGCUUAAGAAAGUGAUGGAUUUCUUGUCAUUGCCAAAGAUGCCUGAGCCACUACUUCUACUGGGUCUUCAAUCAUUUUUAUGAUUUUGAAAGAGCAUUUUUAUUUCCUUAUUAAAAAAAAAGAACACAUCACAUGGCAUGUUACAUUUUUAGGCAGCUACAAUAAAUUAGAUUAAGUCAUUUUUUCUAACAUAUCUUCUGUAUAUAAAAAUGGGUAAACCACUAUAGAUACUAUUUCUUUUGAGUUAAUCUAACUUGUGAUUCUGGCCAUAGUUUCAAUUAGAUUUCUGUUUAAAUAAGAAAGCAAAUAUACUUGUGCAAGCUCUAUUGGAAAGAUUGCCCUGCCUUAUUCUUCUGUAGUGUGUAGCUGCAGUAUUUCUGUACUAGUUCACAUAAAAAUUUCUCACAUAGUGAUCAAUCAUUUCUAGAUAAUAAAUUGCCUGGUCUUGUGGCAUGUGUUCCGGACUGUCAUCUAGAUAGUACUAAUUCGAAGCACCAACUGCCGAUACCUGUUGUCUUGCAGGAGGCUUGGGAUAGAAUGUAAUGAUGUUCAAUUCUGAAGGAAUAUCUAAAACAUGCCAAACAAAGAAAACUACUUGUAUCAGUGACUUAUUACUGAGAUGUAUAAGUGAUAGUGACUGACAUUUCUCAGACCCAUUUGACUAAUAUGUAUGAAUACUAAUGGAAGAGAUCUCUACCAGUGACAUGCUUGAGUGGUUUCUUUGACAUGUGAUUAUAUUUUUUUGUUUCCUAAGACUUGAAAUGUUUUGGUUGUUAUUAGAUCUGUUGUUUAUUGUACAGUAUUUGUAUACUCUCUAUUGUCCUAUGAUGUUGGUUAUCCUGUUGUAACAGUGUCUUUUAUUCUAUAUUUCUAUUGAAACCAGAGAUAUUGGUUGUUGAAGAGUGACAAAAUAAAACAUUUUUUAUCACAAAUUUUAAAA